AUGAAUGCUCUGGUAGGGCCCUUAAAGAAGGCAGUUUUCGAAAAAGAUGCUGAGUUCUCGCGUUCGUGCUAUGUACACGGUGGAAAAAAACAUCGCCCUGAUAUGGUUCUUGACAACGCAAUGGAUGACAAUGUAAAAUUUGUCUUCGACCUCAAGAAUGUGGCGCCGUGCACGCGAAUCGGCUCGGACAUCGUUACGGUUGCAGAUCAUCUCAGAAUUGCUGAAGAGAACAAAAGGAACUCGCCGGCGUGGAAAGACUUUGUACCGCAAGAUGGCAUGGCUUGCGAAUUUGUACCAUUUGCGAUUGGCUGGUAUGGUGAGAUGGGUCGGGAAGUGAAGAGUUUUGUUCGGCGAGUUGCUGAUCAUCACAUUGGUGAUGCGUACACGAAAGAAUGGAGAAUACGAAGGAUUUUGGCGCAAGUGCAAGUCAAGCAUCUCAACUUGAUUGGAGUGUAUUUGAAAACUGUUCGUGGGGAAUAUGAACGCGUCGGCGCGGCGAAGAAAUCGAAUCGCGGACUUCCGACACUCGAAUUUAGGAUUAGGGUUUAG